AUCCGGUUUUUCUAAACCAAUAUGGCCGAUUACGGUGAAGACGAUAAUUAUCAAUCUGGCGAUAGAUUCAGGGGUGAUAAUUACGACAACUACAAUAGUCGAGGAGGUGGUCAAAACAGAGGAUAUAGAGGUGGUGGGGGAGGGGGUAGAGGUGGAGGUGGACAGAAGCCUCUACCCACUGAACCCCCUUUCACAGCAUAUGUUGGUAAUCUACCCAAUGGUUUAGUGCAGGGAGAUUUAGAAUUAAUAUUUAAAGAUUUACGAGUUAGAAGUGUACGGCUUGUCAGAGACAGAGAUACAGAUAAAUUUAAAGGCUUUGCCUAUGUAGAAUUCGAAGAUUUAGAUUCAUUGAAAGAAGCUCUCACUUACCAUGGUGCAUUAUUUGAAGACAGAAAUCUGAGAGUUGAUAUUGCAGAAAGUAGAGAUCGAGGGAAAGAUAGGGGUAGAGGUCGUGGAGGUCAAGGAGGCUUUCGUGGAGGUAGUAGAGGAGGAGGAGGAAGAGGUGGUCGAGGGGGCAUGGACGGAGGAGGAUGGAAUGACAGGGGUAAUGAUCAUGAUGGACAAUUUGGUGACCGACGAGGGGGUCGAGGUGGUUACAGAGACAGAGGAGGAUUUGAUGGUGGAAGUAGUAGAGGAGGAGGAGGAGGAUACGAUCGUGGGGGAUCUUAUGGAGGUGGUGGCAGAUCAAGACAAGACCGUCCACCUAUGCGGGAAGAGGAAUUUCGUGAACCAUCUCCAGAAUCUGCAGCAGCAAGGCCUAAACUAAAACUGAAGCCAAGAACAGUAACGGCUCCAGUUCUUCAGACGAGUGAAGCUGGACGUAACACUAGUAUAUUUGGUACCGGUAAACCGCGUGAAGCAGCUGCAGACGUUGAAAGUAAAACUAGAAGUAGAAACGUUAGCGAAGGAAGUAAUCAAGAAUAGCUGUGUAAAUACUUAUGUGUCGAGAAACUCAAACGUGCUCCAUUGUCUCACUAUUCUCAAGAUGUCCAUGUGGCCAGCGCUUACCAAGAAUUACAUGAAUUAUGACCAACACGGAGACUUUCAGAUUGUUACUGAUGUUAAAAAACAUAUAUUUUUCUACCCAACUUUUAUUUCCAAUGAAAUUUUUUCCUACCUUGUUUGAAACUAACAAAUGAAAUUUUGCCAUUUGUUCAUUUAGCAUACUUUUAUAGUUUAUUAUUAGAAGAGUUGGGAGUCUGACGAAGAUCUUUUAAUUACACCAUAUGUUAGUUACCGUAGAUAGGAAAUAGACAUAUUUGUAAUGGUUGUGUUUAAAACAGAUAGUCAAUUUAGUCGAUUCAGAUUCUAGCAAACAAGAAUGCUUCUUAGUUGUUAACAGAUGCAGGGAAAUUUGAAUAUCUAAAUUAUCAUUUUCUUUGAUGUCAUUACGGUCACUUCUAUACUUUAUUCAUCCCUCAAGAUUUUUAUGUAUGCUUUUUUUCAGCUCAUGAAUCAAUUUAAUUGUAAGCUUAUGCAUGGUAUCUUUUAAGGUAUAUUAAGUCAAUAGAUUUCCU